CAGGAAAUCCUCAAAUUGAAACUUAACUACACAGUUUCCGGUUGACCAGCAUUCAUGGGAAUGAAGACAAACUCAGAGAUGGUGUGUCUAAGGAACUUCAAAAGGUGUAGACCUCCUAACUGAAGUGGAGCUGAUUUAUUUCAUUUGUUUUUUUCCAUAAUAUUUCUGUACUUGUACAAGGGAAAGUCAUGAUUACUCUAACCGAGCUGAAAUGCUUGGCGGACGCCCACCUGAAGCCGUGGUGGGAUGUCUUCUGGUAUUACAUCACCCUCAUCAUGCUGCUGCUGGCUGUGCUGGCCGGAGCUCUCCAGCUCACACAGAGCAGGGUUCUGUGCUGUCUUCCUUGCAAGGUGGAGUUCGACAAUCACUGCACCGUGCCUUGGGACCUGCUCAGAGCCGGCGCCAACGUGUCCUCCAACUCCGGGGCGCCGCCGCCGCAGCUCCCGCUGCGCAUCCAGAAUGAUCUCCAUCGGCAGCAGUACUCCUACAUCGACGCCGUGUGUUACGAGAAGCAGCUCCACUGGUUCGCCAAGUUCUUCCCCUACCUGGUGCUCCUGCACACCCUCAUCUUCGCCGCCUGCAGCAACUUCUGGCUCCACUACCCCAGCACCAGCUCCCGGCUCGAGCACUUCGUGGCCAUCCUGCACAAGUGCUUCGACUCGCCGUGGACCACGCGCGCCCUGUCCGAAACCGUGGCCGAGCAGUCCGUGCGGCCCCUGAAGCACUCCAAAUCCAAGACGCUGCUUUCAACCUCAGGGUGUUCAGCCGAGAUCGAUGCCAGCAAGCAGUCACUCCCUUACCCACAGCCGGGCUUGGAGUCAGCUGGCAUAGAAAGCCCAACUUCUAGUGUCCUGGACAAGAAGGAGGGCGAACAGGCCAAAGCCAUCUUUGAGAAAGUGAAGAGAUUCCGCCUGCACGUGGAGCAGAAGGACAUUAUUUAUCGGGUGUAUCUGAAGCAGAUAAUAGUCAAAGUCAUCCUGUUCGUCCUCAUUAUCACUUAUGUCCCGUAUUUUUUAAGCUACAUCACUCUUGAAAUUGACUGCUCGAUAGAUGUGCAGGCAUUUACGGGAUAUAAGCGCUACCAGUGUGUCUACUCCUUGGCCGAAAUCUUUAAGGUCCUGGCUUCAUUCUAUGUCAUUCUGGUUAUACUUUAUGGUCUCACCUCCUCUUACAGCUUGUGGUGGAUGCUGAGGAGUUCCCUGAAGCAAUAUUCCUUCGAGGCACUCAGGGAGAAGAGCAACUACAGCGACAUCCCGGACGUCAAGAAUGACUUUGCCUUCAUCCUGCAUCUAGCUGAUCAGUACGACCCCCUCUACUCCAAACGCUUCUCCAUCUUCCUGUCGGAGGUCAGCGAGAACAAGCUGAAGCAGAUCAACCUCAACCACGAGUGGAUGGUGGAGAAGCUGAAAGGGAAGCUUGUGAAAAACCCCCAGGACAAGAUGGAGCUGCAUCUGUUCAUGCUCGGCGGCCUCCCCGACAACGUCUUCGAGUUGACGGAGAUGGAAGUGCUGAGCCUGGAGCUCAUGCCCAAGGUCAAGCUGCCCGCCGCGGUCUCCCAGCUGGUCAACCUCAAGGAGCUCCGCGUGUACCACUCGUCUCUGGUGGUAGACCACCCCGCGCUGGCCUUUCUGGAGGAGAACUUAAAAAUCCUCCGUCUGAAAUUUACCGAAAUGGGCAAAAUCCUGCGCUGGGUCUUCUACCUGAAGAACCUCAGGGAACUCCACCUGUCGGGCUGCGUCCUCCCCAAGCAGCUGGGCACCACGCAGCUGGAGGGUUUUCAAGACUUAAAGAACCUGAGGACCCUCUCCCUGAAGAGCAGCCUGUCCCGGAUCCCCCAAGUCAUCACUGACCUCCUGCCUUCACUGCAAAAGCUCUCCCUUGAUAACGAGGGGAGCAAACUGGUGGUGCUGAACAACUUGAAAAAGAUGGUCAAUCUCAAAAGCCUGGAGUUGAUCAGCUGUGACCUGGAACGCAUUCCACACUCCAUUUUCAGCCUGAACAACCUGCAUGAGUUAGAUUUAAAGGAGAAUAACCUUAAAACGGUGGAAGAGAUCAUCAGCUUCCAGCACCUUCAGAAUCUGUCCUGCUUAAAGUUGUGGCACAAUAACAUUGCAUAUAUUCCCGCCCAGAUCGGGGCUUUAUCAAACCUAGAGCAGCUCUCUUUGGAUCAUAAUAAUAUUGAGAAUCUACCCUUGCAGCUUUUCCUAUGCACCAAACUCCACUAUUUGGAUCUCAGCUAUAACCACCUCACCUUCCUUCCAGAAGAAAUCCAGUAUCUGAGUAAUUUGCAGUACUUUGCAGUGACCAACAACAACAUCGAGGUCCUGCCAGAUGGGCUGUUCCAGUGCAAGAAGCUUCAGUGCCUGCUUCUGGGGAGAAACAGCCUGACGGACCUGUCCCCUCACGUGGGGGAGCUGUCGAACCUCACACACCUGGAGCUCAUCGGAAACUACCUGGAAACCUUGCCCCCGGAGCUGGAAGGGUGCCAGUCUCUGAAACGGAGCUGCCUGAUCGUCGAGGACAGUUUGCUCAACACGCUGCCUCUCCCUGUGACGGAACGUCUGCAGACGUGCUUAGAUAAAUGCUGAUCUAGAGCUCAGGGGCUUGGCCGAAGCGCUUCAAAAGGAAAUCCCCAGGGCUUUAUAGGAGAGUGAAAUUUCCCAAGUUAUAAAGAUGGGGGUGGGGGGAAAUGGCUGGUGGCUAUAAUACACUGUAACGGGAUAUCUUAUUAAAGCAACUCAGUGUCUGGCCCUAAA